AUGACAAAAUGGCCACCGCCUUGGAUGGAUAAAAACGGGUGGAUUUUGCUGCUCAAUUCAUAUUCCAGAAACACAGUACGGUAUUAAUCAGAAUACUAGUGGGGCUACAUAGAACAUAUUAUUUGUAAAGAUCAUUUUUUUAACUUGACUACCCCUUUAAGACGUGAACGAAAGCCCACACACUCUUUUUUUUUCUGCCACCAGGAUUUUUUACGUUUCCCAUGAUGCACAAGACCUGAAGAUCUUCAGUUACAUCGCAAGAGAUGGAGAAAGCAAUAGCUUCCGCUGCAAUGUCUUCAAGUCCAAGAGGAAGUCUCAGGCCAUGCGGAUUGUGCGGACAGUAGGUCAAGCGUUCGACGUGUGUCACCAGCUGACCUUGCAGACUCAAACAGAUGACCAGGAGGAUGACGAGGGGAAGGAGGAGGAGCCUGAUGCCACGCCAGCCAACAAGAGGUUUGCAUCGUCAGAGGAGACCGACCUUGAAGCCACAACAGAGGAGAGUAUCGAGUGCAACACUUCAUCAGACCCGGAGAGGAACAAAAAGGUCCUUGGUAAUAAUGGGAAGGGCUCCAAAGGUGGCUCUCUUCUCCUCAACUCCCCGGCCAGGAAAGCUUCUGGAGCGGGCGAGCCGGCUGCAGAUGCACCCUGCGGUUCAGAACACCAGCUACAACUGUUGCAGAAACAGUUACAGCAGCAGGAGCAACAGGCACUGGCGGCUUCGGCUCAGGUCCAUGUGCUUCGGGGCCAGCUGAAUGUGGAGGUUUGUGCUCGAAGCGAGGCCCAGACGAGAGUUCAGAGGCUGCUGCAGCAGAACACUGAUUUGCUGCAACACAUUUCCCUUCUGGUCAAACAGAUCCAGGAACUGGAGCUUAAAGCUGCUGGACAUUUAACAUCUAUGGGCUCCCAGGACAGUCUUCUGGAGAUCACUUUUCGUGCACGACCCCCCAGCACGCCCAGCGAGCCACUCACACCAUCUCCCUCGACAGGCCCCUUAGCUUCUGCAUCCCAGCAGCAGAUCAGCGACGGCGCUUGGCUCCCCUUCCUCCCGGGGUCCUGCCCCUCAAGCACCGCAGGUGCAGAAAGCAACCUCGGCGGCAACGCAGUCCGUCUGGAGUGUUUCCGGUUCUCCUCGCGAGGUCCCGACGGCCAGGAGCAAGGGCGAGCGACGGGUGGGACGGGCGACACGCCCAGCGACGAGGCUCUCGAUGACAGCUCGCCGAUGGGCGAGCAGGUGCUGGGGGCUCUGGAGCUGCUACGGUUUAGGGAGUCGGGAAUCGGAUCGGAGUAUGAAUCCAACACAGAUGAAAGUGAUGAUCGGGACAGUUGGGGGCACGGGGAGGGGGCCGGACUGGACGCUGCCACUCGACUUUUCCAUGUGUUGAAUACGGAGAGUUUGCCCGACUGUUUAGGAGACGAGAUGGCUGUGUAGAAGGGGGAGGCACCAACACUGCACACACGCGUCAUCCUGCAGAUGUGAAAAUCAUAAUAAACUGCAUCGCCCAAUUUUCAGACCGUUUCGGUCCAGCCAGCCGGUCAGCGCUCCUUGCACUUGAUGCUGAAAGUCAAAUUCUGAUAUUUCACAUUUGGUGAAGCAGAAAGAUGGCAUUGCUUUUAGUGACUAACGAAAUGUCUGAAAUUGUGAACGUGAUGGCAAAUCAGGCUUGAAAUCACAUUUCUAACUCAUGCAUGUUGAAUAAUAAAUGUUGUAGCAAGAACGAUAAUGUCCAAACCUCGGCAAAAAUGCUAAUGCAAAAAAAAAAAAAAAAAAGUUCUUUCUUUGUUUUAAGCAAGGUUUUUUGGCUGAAACAUUAAAGGAUUGUCUUU